AAAACACGGCACAUUUCCUUUCCCACAGCGGAGGUACACGGCGCAGCGAGGUUCCUGGGCCACAUGCCGCACGACAACGACCACCUGCCGACUCCCGUGGACGACUCAGCGCGCCCAGAACACGACUCCGAUGUGAAGUUACCGGGACGACACUACCCCAAGCUCCCUUACACCCUAAUAGACCGUUAUGAUGACCUCCCUUACCCGCACCCUGGCAGCAGUCAACCUAAACCCCAGCCUCACCCUAGAUCAGAUCCUUAUCACUAUGACUACAACUACGACGACUACUGGGAGGGGGAGGAGGGAGAGGAGGAGGCCAAGAAGCAUUUGAAGUCCCCGCAGAGUGAUACAUCUGGGGCAUCCUCAUCCUCCUCCUCUUCCUCCUCCUCUUCCACCUCCACGCCCGAGCCACGAGAUCCGAGUCCGAGGUUUGACAGGGACCAGCCUCGCAGUGUGAAGGUCCAGGCGGGGAAGACUGCUGUGCUGGUGUGUCGUGUGCUGAACCUCGGCGACAAAUCGGUAUCGUGGAUCAGACACGAGGACCUGCACAUCCUGACGGUGGACAAAUACAAGUACAGCACGGACCGGCGGCUGAGUGUGGUGCAUGACGAGGUGGAGCACGAGUGGCUGUUGAAGAUCCAGAGCGUGAGGCAGGAGGACGCGGGGAUGUACGAGUGUCAGGUGUCCACUAAACCUCUCCUCAGCUUCAUCGUCAGCCUGCAGGUGGUAGACGCGCCUCCCUCCACCACACCCUACCCCAGCCUGCGCGAUGCCGAGAAGGCCGCGGCGCCCACCCAGCGGCCCGAGAAGCAAGUCCCGAGCGCCACCAUCCUGAACGGCCCGGAGAUCCACGUGCACCGCGGUUCACUCAUCAACCUGACAUGCGUGGUGGAGCACACGCCGGAGCGGCCCCUCUACGUGGUGUGGUACCACUACAACAAGGUGAUCGACUACGAGGACCUUGGUGGCGUGGUGGUGGUGACGCACACGGGACAGAAAACGGUGAGCCAGCUGUUGGUGAAGAGAGCCGAGCCUUCUGACUCCGGGAAGUACACGUGUCAGCCCUCCAACGGCGAGGCGGCCUUCGUCAUGCUACACGUCUUGUACGGCGAGCACCCGGGGGCCCUGCAGACCAAUGGAGGCAGACGCGGCGGCGUGAGCCGGACGGAGGGCGUGGUGGCGCCCCUGCUCACCCUCCUGCUGCUGCUGCUACACGCACCCUGCUGAGUUUCACAAUAAUCGUGUCGGGGGGAAUGGCUACAUAUUGUGAGGAGUGGCGAGGGAAGGGCGAGGCGCUGCCCUUCAGGACUGAGGGGGGCGGCGAGCCCCUCCACCUCCCGCCGCCACGAGUGUGCCACGUGACUUACCUCAUUGGGGGACGCCGGCAGCGGAGGCUGGCCCGAACACUUCUUUUUUUAAGUGUCAAACUCCAACAAGCCAGACAGUUGGCGGGGCGGGACGGGAGUGGUGAAAUAAGGCGGCGGGGGGUGCCGCCACGGGUCUCCUGCGUAUUACAGGUGCAUUUACUAAUGAUUUAUGUACAUGAUUCCUUAUUAUCAAUUGUUACGUGUGAUGAGGUGAGUAAGGUGCUGCCCGGCGCCAAGCCUGAGGGCGGGGCGGCGCAGGGCGUGGUGGGGAAAGUUACUCGGUGGUAUCUACAAGCCAGAACAGGUCGAGAACAAAUACCUGGGAGUAAAGAUUAGCCUUGUAGGCCUCCCUGUGUGGCCACAGGAGUGAUGACGAGAGCCGCCGCCACCGCAGCGGGAUGGCGGUGCUGGGUUGGUGAGUGUGCCGGGCUCAGCCUCGGCAGGGCAGGGGCGGAGGAAUGGCGAGGUCAUGAUUUACGAGACUGUCACAGGAGCAGAGCGGGAGUGGAACAGCUGGAGUCAAGCCGGGUGGGAGGCAGGUUAGGGUGUUUGCUGUGGGUGGUGGGCCUUGGCGGGGGUGGGCACGCAGCGAACUUUUUAAACCGUUCUCCUAAGGGAAUCAUUAAUUCUCCGCAAAAUGUUCCUGACGUUCACUAAAGGUAACAUAAGAAUAGAGAACAUCUGGUGCAAGCAAGGAUGGUUGGCUCACCGGGGCAGGGGACUGACUCCAGCCACAAGCAUUCACGAGGGGCAAGUGUUGGGCGGCCUCCCAGCACCACCUGUACGUUGUCCGGUAUGUCAUGCAAUGCCGCCAUUACGCUGCUUGGUGUCGCCGCGGACAACCGUGUCUCGAGACAAAUCACAACCUCCAGUCAGCAUUCCCUUGUUCAGACAUUUAAUGCAGGUAAUCACGGGCAGCCCUUGAAGUACUGGAUUCACGUGAAUUCCCACGAAACGGAUGUAAUGCUUUUUUUUUUUUUUUUUAUGGAAGGUGAGGUUUUUUUUUUUUUUUUUAUGGAAGGUGAGGCAAAACUGUGACGACUGUGAGCCGCAUAGCCUUCAGUGUUUUCUCAGUCAUCAACUAUUUACUUGGUGACGCCACAUUAAUUGUGAGGCCAUAAGCUGCUGUUACGAGUAAAAUCUACAAUCUGCAAUUAAAAUAAGCAGUAUUGUGGUUAUUUGAUACUUGCUUGUUGAGGUGACCAGUUUUGUACUGUUCAGAGACAGGCGUGGCCAAGGUUGUUGAUGACUGCGGAAAUUAUGUUACGACACGCGGGCAACGUGAAAAGGACGCAGCGUGGUGGUGAUGGUGGUUGGGGUUUGGGGGGGUGGCGCUGCAAUGUUUCCAUUCCUAUAUAUUAGGUGAGUGACGUAAAUGCGCAUCACGCUCAUUUUGCAAACGAUGAUGCAUCUCACUUGUUUAUUUAUGAGUUUAUUUGUCGAGAAUCACGAUGCGCGCUGUAAUGGUGACGGACAUGACACACAGACAUCGCGUGUACAGUGCUCAGAUUAAACUUCAUAUUGCAUUUCAUACGACAAAACGGUAAACAUAAUAAUUUCUACUGCUAUUUAUGUUAUUUGGGAUUUUCGAAGGUGUUUUCAUGAUUAAUGAUAGAAGAAAAGACGCAAUAAUGUAAAGAAAGGAUGAGGACAUUGUAACUAAUUAUAAAUUUCACUUAAUUUCAUGAUACACAGGGCAAGAGGGCGCCCGUUAAUCUAACGUGGUAUAUUACAAGUUAUUAAAUUAGGUCAGAAUGGACUUUAGCUUUCAAUUCAAAUAGGGCUAGGAUACCUAAAAGUCAUGAGAAAAUUCAAGAAGCCAUAUUUCAUUGCUAUGGCAAUUUAUCCAAUCAAUACAAAUAAAAUGAGGCUCAGUGAAGGUUACCAUACUCGAGGCCUCGGUGGCCACGCGAGGCGGUCUGUACAGGCUGGGUGGGAUGAAAACGAGGAAAUAAAGGGUCACUGCUCCUCGAAAAGCAGAUCGGGCACCAAGGCAUCUGAUGACACUGCUACGGCCUUCUGUACCUGUUGAAUUACUAAUAAAAUUAUAAAAUACCUGAGAAGGGAGAGUACGACAUGUUGGUGUACUGAGGCUGGAGGGGCGUGGCACCACGACGGACACCACACGCCACAGCACUGACUACUACUACCACUAGCACUGACCUUUACAUAAGUUUCUGAAAAUCACUAACAGCUGAAAUGAGAUCAUUGAUUGCGUGUUUCAGGCACUCUGCUAAAUUUUGUCAAUAUGGCCAAGUGACAAAAAUAAAGCCACUUACAUCUUGUACAUUAUAUUCCCCUUCGUAAGACCCACCCAUCCAGCUGCCGGGCGCAUUAAGUUAUCAGCGAUGUCGUUGUAUCAUCGCUCCCUCCCCUCCGGCCCCACAGAGCAGCUGCCAGCUUUACCAUGAAUCCACAAUCUUACCAAGCCUUUGAGAAAGAAAAUCUGAGCAUAAAAGUAAGUAUAUAGUAGGUACAAUAACAACAUUGAGAGGUGCUGUAUUUUGCACCUAAGUUAUAUAUUAUCUAUAGGAAUUGAAGGGAGUUUUUAAUUAAAGUAAGAAAAUUCAGCCUUGUGUUGUAAAUAUUAUAGGCUCACGAUGUGCUACAUUGUUACGUAAAAGGUAACAAUGAUAGGAUCUCUGUUCCCUCGUACAUAAAUAAAUAGCUUGCUGAAUAAAAGUAACCAGAUAUUCUCAGUACUGCUUGCGGUGGCAGGAACGGUAACGUUCUCUCUCGCUUGGGAAGAACCACAGUGGGGCAGGGGUGUGACGUCACAACCACGUGCCGAUCCUUCAUGCGCAGGGCAGCUAGCUGGCUUGGUUCACGCGCGGUGAAUUUACAAAGGCCUUUAUCAUUAACUUUUUACUAUUUGAUAAUAAUGAUGAAAAUUAGCGGACUGUCUAAAACACGCUCUGUCAAACUAUGAUUCCAAUUCAUCAGUCUGUUCCAGUUUUUUUUCCCGAAAAGCAAUGUGGCACGCCCUCUGAAACUCUCAGUAGGCGAUUGAACUGACGCGGCACGCAGUCACGUAUGAAGAGCGUGGGCAUGUAAAACAGUGAAGGACACUGUAGGAUUUCAGAAGACAAGUUGAGCAUACAAUUCUGCGACCACGAAGGAAACGAGAACAAUUUUUGUAAUGGAAGUGGCGAGGAAUGAGCGUGACCUGAGACUGAGACAACACCCUCUUAGUAUUCAAAGACAUCACGCUAUAAUACACUGACUGCUCACACGUGUUUCAGUGAACGGCUCUGCUUUAAGUACCUCGUCAGGGUUAUUAUGAAGUGCUGCUGAAUUGGACUGACUAAAGUAAUUUACGAGUGACAGGAUGGAGGGUGGCUGCGGAGGACAGAACCCAUUCACUGCCACGACAAAGAUUUAAUUCCAGAUACCAGUACAAUAUUUCGUAACUUUAGGUGCUACGUGUCGUAAUGAGACGCUAAAAGUCAUGGCUAGUUUCUCGUCUACUACUACUACUACUAGUUUCUCAUCUACUACUACUACUACUGUUUUACCUCUAUUUACUAUUUUCUAACUAGUGAUUAUUUAAUAUCAAGGAUUGUCUCGUACUGAAAGAGUUUAUAUGAUCCAUCUAUCAAGCAUACCAGCACUGACUGAUGCCUACCACCAGUGCCCUAAUCGAAAACAGAAACCUGAGGGCACGCACACACCCCAGACAGAACAAAAAAGGGCUAUACUUUAUCUCCCCCACCCCCGUUGUCCACGUAAGAGGUUGGUUGCAUUCAGCGAACGAGAAGAAGUCAUAACUAUAAAUCAUGUUGAAUUUGCCUGUCUAAAUUCCCCAGAAAAUUUGCAGGGAAUCCUUGACAUAGCGAGAGGGAUCUGGGCCGUGCUGUGCGUGGCGCGUUAUAUUGUUUGGGUGCGGAAAGGGAACAAAAGGAGAGGAGAGGGAAAGGAAUUGGCAGGAGGGAGGAAAGGAGAAAAAGAUUAAAUAAGAAAUAAAAGCGAAAGGAGGAAAUGGAAACGCAGAACAUCAGGAAGAGAAGGAUGCAGAUUCUCGGGAGUUAGAAAGGAAGAGAAAGAGGUAGGAGGUUAAGGAGGUAGGAGGGUAAGAAAGAGAGGUUAAUAGUAUAUAUAAAUAUGGUGAAAAAUCAAGUAACGUUCCACACACGUAACACAAUGCUAUCCUUCCCUCAGUCUCACAUCCGCUGAUCUUGGACAGUCCCUUCACAAGAUUACAAACAAUCCAUUAGUAAACACGUCAGAGGACUUGAGAUUGAAGGGGGAAUUUAACACAGUGGGAGCGAGUGAUGCAGAUGCCUUCACUACUGACAACCAUUGUACUUUUAUGUAUUGUAUCACCUAACAGCGAGACAAAAGUAAAGAACCGAACGAAAAUUUAAAAAACGGCCACUCUCAGAAGUUCCGUAACACUGGAGACUGGACGCACCUGACUCGAAUCCUCGCCUUUACUUGCCCAUCAACCUAAAUGACAGCUGAAUGACCCUACCGGAGUCCAAAUUAGCAAGCACUUAAUAUACACCUGGCGAGGCACUGAACGGGUAUCACAUAACUAGAUGUGUGGGAGUAUUGCUUCCUGUCAUUACUGUUAGCAUUUCUCCUGAUUCACCUUCCUGUCAGCCUCGUCCCUGCGCCUUCAUUUCUUACCUCGUGUCCUUCCCGUCAUAAAAAUCUCCUGUUCUUCUUCUCUACAUCGAUUUUCUUCACCUCACACGCCACAGGUUGUUGAGAACACGUGAAUCCCCUGCCGCCUAGUAGUCCAGCCCUCACUCUCAUUACUGUAAUAAGUGUUAAUGAAGGAGGUGUCAAAUGUCUAACUCCUUCAGCCACAUGUGUUCCCACCCUCUUCCUCCAGUAAUGUCUCUACUUUCACUUCAACCUACUUGCUUCUCCUCCUCCUCUCUGUUCCUCUUCCUGCUCCUCAACCUUGUGCUCUUCCUCAUCCUCCUACCACCUCGUCCUCAGGUUUUUCCUCUUUCUGCUACUUCCUCUUCGGCUUUCUAUAUGAUAUUUGUGUUCCUCCCUCUUUGUUUUUAGGUUCUUCGUCUUCUCCUCAUCCUUGUGAUAUUCGUGUUUCUCUCUUCUUCCUCUGUCUUCAGGUUCCUCUUCCGCUCCUCUUUCUCCUUAGAGUACUUGUGUUCCUCUGUCUUCUUCCCCAGCAACACGCGCUCACAGAUCCUUCUCAGUCGGUGGUGUCGAGGAAUCCCGGCAAAUUUCCUUAAAGAUUUAGAAAGACCAACUCAAGGUGAUGUAUAGUUAGAAACUGUUCCCCUACAACAAUACCUCCUGGGUGGGAAACUCUGGCCUUGAAGUUAAGGUAAUAAUGAUUUUUUUUUUUUUUCUCCAUUAAGAUUGCAAGCGAUGAGAUGAAAUGUUAACGAAAAAAGUUAAUAAUUUAGAGAAGCAGUAACGUUGGUGGUUGUGGUGGUGGUAAGGGGGUUUAGCGUGUAGUCCCUCGGCGCAGGGGUUCCAAGGGGGUCGGCAAUGUCAUAUAAAGUACAUGUUAAAAAGUUCAUAAUUCUACUCUUUACGUCAACACUCAACAAGAACUUAACGCAGGUGAAAACACAAUAUUCUUACCUAAAUCGAAGUCUGGAGGUGGUGCAGGUGUCUAGGAUGGGUGUCCUCGCGAGGGGUGGGGGUGGGGAGGGAUUGAGGCCCUGGUGGUGCUGGGUGGUGGUGUUGGAAGGGGGCGGCAGUGUGGCGAGGUGGUGGUGGUGGCAGUGUGGCGAGACUGUUGAGACGGUGCCCCGCUCACGCCACGCCACGGCACGGCGGCGCUGGUCUCCCUUCAGUCUUACGUUCUCCCGGUGUAUCUUACCCUGUCCAGCUGUUGUCGUGUCCCUACGAGGAAUCAAAGUUAUUAUUAGACUGUUAAGGUUAUGUCCUUUUCCCGAGGCUACACGGAGGCGCGGCGUCAGCACGUGCGGGCCGCGGGAGACAGUCAGGCGUGGCGCGUUAAUGUGGGGAGAGAGUGCGGGAAUACUUUUUUUUUUUUUUCGGGGGGGAAGGAGCAUUUUUAGCACUUGGAUCUUUUUCCUCAAAUGACGGGUUAAGUGUUUUAUUUUGUAGAACUUUUAGCAGCCGUUUGUUCCUCUCAUGGCGGGUCAGUUUUAUACUUUUAGUUUUUUUACGGUUAAUUGUCACGGCUUUGCCAGGCCGUGUCCCCCUCGGCCUGCUGCUGUUGUUGCUGCUGCUGCUGCUGCUGCUGGUGCUGCUGCCGGGGCUUGUGGGCCCUGCAGAGCGCGCGUCGUGGCCUCCAGGCGGUGUCUUGUAGCCCUUUUGUGUAGCCGCCGUCAUCUAUGUAUAUACUGAUACGUGGAAAUAUACUCUUUUCUUAACGUACACUGAA